AUUGUGUGCGACAAUGGAACUGAAAUGAUUAAGGCUGGAUUUGCCGGAGACAGGGGCGGAGCUGUAUUUCCUAACGUUGUGGGUCAUCCUCGUCACACGUCUGUGAUGGUUGGAAUGAGGCACGUCUACGUCGGUGAUGAAGCUGAGUUAAGGAGAGGGGUUUUAAAUUUAAAAUACCCAAUUGAAGAUGGCAUUGUGAGUAAUUGGGACGAUAUGGAGAAAAUAUGGCAUCACACAUUCUACAAUGAGCUUGGUGUUUCCCCAGAAGAUCAUCCCGUUCUUCUUACUGAAGCACCUCUUAACUCCAAGGCUAAUCGUGAAAAGAUGAACCAAAUUAUGUUUGAGACAUUUAACACCCCUACUAUGUACAUUGUCAAUCAGGCCGUACUUACUCUAUGUGCAAGUGGUCUUUUCACCGGUAUUGUGCUGAAUUCCGGUGAAGGUGUGAGCCAUACAGUCCCCAUAUACAAUGCACAAGCCAUUCCACACGCAACCCUUCGACUUGAUUUGGCUGGACGAGGCUUGACAAAUCACUUGAUGAAGAUCCUGACAGAAGGUGGUUAUUCAUUUACCAGAAAAAUUGUGAAGAAUAUGAAGGAAAAGCUGACUUACAUAGCUCUGGACUACGAACAGGAGAUUGAGACUUCAAGAACCAGUUCUUCAUCAGUUGAGAAAACCUAUAAGCUUCCUGACGGUCAAGUGAUCACCAUUGGUGCUGAGAGGUUCCGAUGCCCUGAGAUACUUUUCCAGCCAUCGAUGAUUAUAGGAAUGGAAGCCGCUGCUGGAAUUCAUGAGAUGAUUUACAACUCCAUCAUGAAGUGUGAUGUGGAUAUCAGGACGGAGCUGUUUGGACACAUUUUGCUUGGUGGUGGUUCAACUAUGUUCCCUGGUAUUGCAGACAGAAUGAGGAAAGAGAUAAUCGCAAUGAGCAAAGAAAUAAUGAUAAAUGUGUUUGCACCUCAUGAGAGAAAGUACACUGUCUGGAUUGGUGGAUCUAUCUUUGCAGCUAUAAACACUUUUAGGGAGACGGCGAUAAAAAAGACCGACUACGAUGAAUUUGGACCUUCCAUUGUUCACAGGGAAGGCCCUGGCUUUAAAAUAUUCUAG